AUGGCCAUCCUCUCCUACAUCCUCUCGGGCCUCACGUCCUACGCCGCGCUCACACUGGGCCUCUUCGGCCUGUCCCUGAAGGUGCCCCGCGCAGGCUUCUUCGCUCGCUGUCUCGCCGCAUACGCCUCUCUGCUGUUCUGCGCAGCAUACGGUGUGCUCGCCUCUAUCUGUCUUCGCCUCGUCGGCUACGGCCAGAUCUCGCAAUGGACGGUGGCCAGAGCCUUCAAGUGGUCUAUGUGGCUCACUACGGGAAUACACUUCGACGUCAUCGAGGGCCAGGAAUACCUCUCUACUCGGCCAGCGGUGUUUCUCGCGAACCAUCAGACGGAGCUUGACGUCCUGCUGCUCGGCGCCGUGCUGCCUCAGUAUUCUGCUGUGACCGCGAAGAGAUCUCUUUCCCGAGUGCCGCUGCUCGGGUGGUUUAUGACGCUUUCCGGGACUGUGUUUAUCGACCGCGCAAACCGCGAGACUGCCUUCAAGGCGUUUGAUAAUGCGGCCAAUCUGAUGAAGACCAAGGGACAGAGUGUCAUUAUCUUCCCCGAGGGUACUAGGAGCUAUGCGCGAGAGCCGGCAUUGCUACCGUUCAAGAAGGGCGCAUUCCAUCUGGCGGUCCAGGCCGAGGCUGAUAUUGUGCCAAUCGUCGCAGAGAACUACGCGCAUAUUCUAAACGUAAAGAAGAUGCAGUUUACCUCUGGGGACGUCAAGGUUAAGGUUCUGCCCCCAAUCAGUACCAAGGGCCUUACGGCUGCCGAUGUCGACUCCUUGGCCCAAAGCACGAGACAGUCGAUGCUGGAUGUCAUGGUUGAAAUGGCCAAAGCGAGAAAAGUCGAAAAUCUCACCAACGGAAAGGUCGCAAUGGAAAACGCACCCCGAACUUCGCGCUCUACCGCCGUCGAGAUAUAA